AUGGCCCUCUACGUGCCCAAAGCGCGGCGGGAGAGAGCGGCGCAAGCGGUGGGUGACAAGCUGGCCGGGCACCACCGGGAGCCCGAGAACCACCGUCUGGCGCAGGACACUUGCCGGAGCAGCGGCGAGGGGCAGAGGCAAAGCCCCCGUGCCAGGACACAGGUGGGCAGAGCAGUGAGGAGGGAAAGCAAGGGGGAUACUCGUCCGAAGGAGCCGCGGGCAGCCUCUGCCGGGCACCGCCGGAAUCUGGGAGGCAGCUGCCCCGCCAUGCUGGAGGGCUCGGGGGCCUCACCCAGCGUGCAGGAGCCGUGCCCGGAUCCGGCUGGUGCCCAGCCCUGUGACGGGCAGCACAAAGCAUCCCAUGAUGAAGGACUCGGGGAGCUCAGCCGUGGCAGCCAGGUGAUGAGGACCAAGGCAGACGCUCCAUCCCCAGCGAGUGCCCAGCCUGGAGCCACAGAGGCUACCCCUGAGCCUGGGGGAGAUGCCGCUAACCCAGCACCCCCCGCUAGCCCACUGCUGGCGUGUCGGACAGGGCCGAGCAGUGUGUCGGAGCAUUUGGGGGACAUCAUCCCAUAUCCAGCCGGGAACCUCUCCCUCUGCCCAGAAGAGGGUGUCCUGCAGCUGGCAGGGCCAAGCAACCAGGACAGUGUUCCCGGGCUGGCAAGGGAGGUUGUGGGUCCGAAAGCCCAAGAGGAGGAGAGGAAGUAUGAGGGGUCUCUCCUGGUGGAGCAGAGCAAGAGCUGUGCCGCUGAGGUGCCAGAGGAGGAGGAGGAGAAGUGGGGAGGCACAGCCGAGCUUGCCGGGGAGAGCGCCUUGGAUGCACCAGGAGGAGCCAGCUGCGAACCCGGGUGCUCGAGGGGUGGCACGGGCGAUGCACUGGUGCUCCCAGGGGAGAGCACCCCAGGCCAGGGCAUUCUGCUGUGCCAUGGUGUAGAGGGGCUCUCGCCUGCAGCCUGGGCUGAGGAGCCGGUGGGGGCAGAGGAGGACACGGGAUCGCCACAGCAGCACCGGUGCGGCCAGGAGCCUGAGGAACAAGAGGAAGUUCUCCGCAGCGGUUCCCCAAAGGCAGAGCAGGCCAGUGCUGGGACGCCGAGCCAGGCCAGCCCAGGCGCCGAGGAGAGCUGGGACGCGCUGUUCAACGACGACGGGGACUGCCUGGACCCGCGCCUGCUGGAGGAGCUCUCGGGGGGUGAGAAGCGCCAGGAGAGCCGGCAGUCACCCCGCUUCGACUACUACGGGGCCGAGCCUGCUGCACCGGACCUCAGCGAUGCUGAGCUGCCCCACGUCAUUGAGAUCUAUGAUUUCCCCUCGGAUUUCCGUACUGAGGACCUGCUGCGUGUCUUCUGCAGCUAUCAGAAAAAAGGCUUUGAUAUUAAGUGGGUGGACGAUACGCAUGCCCUGGGCAUCUUCUCCAGCCCUAUAACAGCACGCGAUGCCCUCAGCACCAAGCACCUGAUGGUGAAGACUCGCCCGCUCUCCCAGGGCACCCGUGCCUCUAAAGCCAAAGCCAGGGCGUACGCUGACUACCUGCAGCCAGCCAAGGAGCGCCCCGAAACAUCGGCUGCCCUGGCCAGGCGGCUGGUGAUCGGCGCCCUGGGGGUACGCAGCAACCAGACGGCAGCCCAGCGAGAUGCCGAGCGGAGGAAGCUGCAAGAAGCCCGGGAGAGGAAGCGCCUGGAGAACAAGCAGCGGGAGGAUGCCUGGGAGGGCCGGGAGUGA